AUGACCGCUCUGAGCCGGGGUGAGGCGGCCGAGGCGGGCAGCAACCAACAGAUGCAUGGAAAGACGGCUUCUCUGAAGAGCCCCGUGUCCUGCUCAGAGAAACUAGCCAGGAUUCAGGCACCCCUGGACUCCAGUCUGCACUGGCCAGAAGGCUUGAAGGGUGAAGAGAGAAAGAAGUGUGGCCGAGAAGGGACGCUACUGAGUAAAUACAACCAACAAUACCACAAGCUGUUUAAGGACAUCCCCUUGGAGGAGGUAGUUCUCAAAGUGUGUUCCUGCGCCCUCCAGAGAGACCUCCUUCUCCAGGGCCGGCUCUACAUCUCCCCCAACUGGCUCUGCUUCCAUGCCAGCCUCUUUGGCAAGGAUAUAAAGGUGGUCAUUCCCGUGGUGUCUGUCCAAAUGAUCAAAAAACACAAGAUGGCGCGGCUUCUUCCCAAUGGCCUGGCCAUCACCACCAACACCAGCCAGAAGUACGUCUUUGUGUCACUGCUUUCCCGGGACAGUGUAUAUGACAUGCUGAGGAGGGUCUGCACACACCUCCAGCCUUCCAGCAAGAAGAGCCUGAGUGUAAGAGAAUUUCCAGAGGAACCUGAGUGCGAAUCCCUGGAAUUCCUCAUCCCUGAGAUGAAGUGGAGAAAAGUGUGCCCUGCCUCCAGGUCCCUGUCCCUCCCAGACAACAUCCCUUGUAUACCUCGGGCAUCCAUGGACUCCACGGACAACUUCUUUCCCUCCAGGAAGCCUCCCGGGUCUGAGAAGGCUGUCUGUGAGGAGGAGAAGCUGGAGGAAGAGCCCAGGAGCGACGGGGAGCUCAGGCUCUGGGAUUACCAGCUCCUCAAGGUCAUCUUUGUGCUGAUCUGCUUCUUGGUCAUGUCCUCAUCCUAUCUGGCGUUCCGCAUCUCCCGGCUAGAACAGCAGUUAUGCUCCCUGAAUUGGGAUGGCCCAGUCCCUGGGCACAGGUGA